GAUGUAAGUCUGAAAUCUACUUAAGCCCAUUUGAGCCCACAUGAGCUUCAGAUUAUCCAUGUGGCCCGUUUGUUUUUCUAUUUUGUUUGUGUAUAUUAAUAUCAUCCGUUAGAUGUUGAUUCAAAGGAUAAAGAAAUCUGCAUGAUAGGAGGCUAAAAAAUCUGUCACAUGAUGUAUAGGCAGUCCCCAAAACCGGACUCCUGCUUGUGUCGCCUUCUUCCAUUUUCCAAUCUUUUCCCCGGUCAGACAAAACUGCUUGACAUCGUUCACGUCCCACACUAAUUAGUCUAUCCCAAUAAUCCACCUUCCAGUGAUUUUCCUCACCUCACCAUUCGUGUUUGCACUUGCCACCAAGCAACAAGUAGACAGCUCAAUAGUUUGGAGAUCGCCACGGCGAGAUCAUGUGGAGCGGGCUGGGGCAGGCGGCGACGGUGGCGCAGCUGGUCGGGGCGGACGUCGGCAGCCUCAUCUCCGUCAUCAUGCAGGCGGCGAUGACGGCUCGACAGAACAAGGAGUGCGAGCAACUCGCCCGCCGCGUCUUCAUGAUCGCCGAGCUGCUGCCGCACCUGCAGGACCCGGAGGUGAUGCGGCGGCCGGAGGUCCGGCGGCCGCUCGCCGGGCUCGACGAUGCGCUCCGGGAGGCGCACGAGCUCGUGGCAUCGUGCCAGGGAAGGGCCGCGGCCUACCGGUUGGUGAUGGCAUGGCGGCAGGCCGAGAGGUUCAGAGAAGUUCAGAGCAAGAUCGACUCGUACCUCCUCGUCUUCCCCUUCAUCAGCCACAUCGACAUCACCCGCCGCCUCGAUCGAAUCUACAGAGUUCUUCUUCCAAAUGACACGACCCUGCCAUCCGCAUCUGCAGGAAUCCCGAAUCAUGAGAUGGAAGGUGAGAGAUUCACCAUGGCAGAGCUCGCUGCGGCGACCAACAACUUUGCAACAGACAGACAGAUCGGUACAAACCCAGUAGCCAGGGUGUACAAGGGACGGCUUGCCGACGGGCGGGAGGUGGCCGUCAAGCAGCUGGUAGGCAACAGCAACCUAUCUCUGGCAGUCGAGGAGGAGUUCCAGGCGGAGCUCUCGCUCCUCUCGAUCCGCCACUGCCACAUCGUGCGCCUCCUGGGCUGGUGCGCGGCGGGGGAGAAGCACCUGGUCGUGUACGAGUACAUGAAGAACGGCACGCUCGACGACCACCUGCACGGUGCCCCGUCGUCGUCGCCGUCGCCGGUGACGACGUCGUGGAGGACGCGCGUCGAGAUACUGCUGGGCGUGUCGCGGGCCGUCGAGCACCUGCAGUCCUCCUCCUCGGACGGCGAGCGGCGGCGGCCGGUGAUCCACCGCGACAUCAAGCCGUCCAACAUCCUGCUCGACGACGCGUGGGCGCCGCGCCUGACGGACUUCGGCCUGUCGCUCACCUGGGACGAGAGGGAGUGUAGCUCGGAGUUGCCGGUCGUUGGCACGCACGGCUACGCCGCCCCGGAGUACGUCGCGACGGGGCGGAUCAGGCCGGCGAGCGACGUCUACGGCGUCGGCGUCGUGAUGCUGGAGGUGUUGACGGGGAGGAAGGCACUGUCUCAACGAGCGGUGGUACUGAAGGAUGGGUGUACGGGUUUCGCCCCCGAGAGCUUGGUGGACUUGGCGCUGCCAGUGAUAAGGUCGGGGAAGGCGCGGAAGCUUCUGGACAAACGCCUGACGCCGACGCCGAAGCGGAGGCAGCUCCGGGCGGCGGAUAUGGUGGCGCGCACGGCAGCGCGCUGCUUGCUGCACGAUUGGGUGAAACGGCCGGCCAUCUCGGAAGUCGUGGUCGACCUCAAGGCGGCGACGGCGGCGCUGGAAGACUCGGCUCGGCUCGGCUUCUUCUCCCUCUUCCUCGCGCUCUGCUCGGCUUUGGGCGGCAAGGCGCCGCGGCGGCGAGGUGAAGCUCGGCGCCCGGCGGCCGGGGCGGCGGCGACCUCGGGCGGUGCUUCGCUGGCGACGGCGGCGCUAGGAGGGCAAGACCGGCAGCUCGAGAUGGCGGCUCGGAGAGAAGAACGAGAGAAAGAGAGAGGAGAAAGAGAUGGAGAGGGAUGGCAAUGGUGUGGAGAAAAUUGGGCUUGGGGUCCCCUUUUAUAGGCGGAGCUCGCUUGGCGGGAUGCGGCGGCGAGCUGGCAGUCUAGGCGCGGGGAAGCCGGGGGUAGGCGGCUAGCUGCUAAGGGCGGGAUUCCUGGGACGGAUAGGACGGCGACGCGACGGAGUGGCGUCAUGCCCGGUGGCAAUGCGACGGCGAAACGACGGCGACGCGACACGAAGUGACGCGCGGAGAGCGGGAACGGCGACGGGACAUGGAUGACGCGCGGCCGACGACGGCUACGGCCGGGAUUUGGGGCGGUAGGGCUAGAGAGGGGUGACGCGAGCGACGGUGGCGACUCGACGCGAGAGAGAGGGAGAGACGCGGCUCGGCGGCUUCCCGGGAGGAGACAGACGACAAGACGACGAGGCGAUGGCGAAGGAACGUGCGUCCGCGGGAGCUCGGGAUGGAACGGCGACGAGACGGGGGUGACGCGGGGCGACGUGGCUCCGUGUCUCCCGGAGAGGGCGCGGCGGUUUUCGUGGAGUUUGGCGCGAAGCGGCUUUGGCGUGGCUCGGGGGUGGCGCGACGCGGGUGUUGGCACGUCGUGCGGUGCACGGGAGGGCGGCUAGGUGCGACGCGGUGCUGCCACGACUCGGCGCCCUGGGUCGACAUAUCGUCGAACACCUUGUGUGCAUGCUUGGCUGGUCUGAGGAGGAAGAUGAUGAAUAGGAGUUGGGCUGGGCUGGGCCGGCCUGCUCAGGGAGGAGAAGAGAGGAGAGGUGGAGGGGAGCUGGGCCGAGAGAAAGAAAAGAAGGCGGCCCAAUUGAACAGUGACAUUUCACUUUUUCCCAGGGAUUUAUAGAGUUGAAUUUUGAGGAGAUUUUGAAGGGAUUUGAAUUUGAAUUUGACCUAGAGUUUCACAGGAAUUUGAAAGGAAAUUCUAAUAUAGGAUUUGAGAUCCUUUUGGCACAAAAUCAACUAAGAACCAAAUUAACUCCAAUUUUUAAAUGACAAACUUUUUUAAAUAAAAGCACAUAAAAUACGGGUGCUACAGUUGACGACGCAGGGGAGGAGGAGGAGGAGGACGGAGAUUCCUGUCGCGCACAUUCCUGCAGCCAAGCAAAGCAUAGCGAUGGCGAUGGUGGCCUACCUCGUGCAUCAAUCUCCGAGGCUGGAGGAAUCAGGAAUUCAGGAUCCUCUCCUCCUCAUGGACCUCAUCCUCAUCUGCAUCUCUGAAUAAUGGAGAGAUAUACUUGCGCUUUUGGCAUCUCGCACCUCAUUUAGUCAGUUCAGAUUGGCUGUGUACAUCUGUUUUAUAUGUAGAGGCCCCGUUUUAAUCCAUUUUCUAAAAUAAAAUCUGGCCGGUUCAGAUAGAAGUUCAGAAACUUCAGAUCAAGCAUGUCACAGCUGCAUGCUGCACGUGCAUGAGGUAGUAUGGUGAUAUAGUAAUCCAGUAGUACUAUUAGUGCUACUAGUUAAUUACUUCUAGUUGGCUACAAAUUAAGUGCUACUUCAACAGCUCUGGUGUUCUCUGGCGCUGGAGAGGGCGUGCUCCUCUGCGGAAGGCCACGGCGGUGAAUCGGAAUGCUGGCGUGGAAUAGAGGAGAGUAA